GCCAUUUUUACUUUGGUGUUCUGAACGCCGUUUCUGUGACUUUGUACACGAAAAUAAUAAUUAUUAAUUAAUUUUAUGAGUUUAUCAGUAGUAAUGGUUAACCAUAUUAAAGUUGAAAAGUUUACGAAUUGAAUAAAUAUUAAAGUGACGCAAUACGUUUUCUAACAGUGCAAAUAUCGUCUGCGCGGGAAAUGUGUUUAUAUCCGAUCUUGAUUUCAUCAACAUAUUGAUAGAUUUAUCUUGGUUUUCAUUUUUUCACCUAAAGAGGCAUUUACCGAAAUGAUUUCCCAUAAAACCCCUAGAAGAGCACGAAUCCCGAAGAUGCCGAAAAAUAUAGAACGUUUAUACAAAGAAGGAAAAUGCCGUGAUUGUGCUGUGGUAGUGACUCGAAUGGAUUUUGCCAAAAUAUUAGGUAAAUUUACGAAAGUAAAGAUUCAAUAUGAAAGCAAUUCCUCGCCCAAAGCGAAAAAGCCUGAAGUAACUUCUCCUAGUUCUAAUGCACGAUUGAAAAGUAAUGAGAAUGGUAUGGUACUGCUGCAUAGGAAUGCUUAUAAACCACAUCCAGUGAAGGAGCACAUUUCCACCAAAAGGGUUAUCACAUCCACACCUCGACUGGCAAGUAAUGUAUUAAAAGAGAACAACAGGUUGAAAAAGACUCCUAAUAUUAAAGACAAGAAUUCCAAUAUAAAUAUAACCGUAUAUGAGGGAAAAUCAAAUAAAUCAGGCUCCCGUUUGAAACAAUAUGGCAUUGUAUUUGUAAACCCAUCGCAACAACGAGCAAAUGAUGUAAAAAGUAAAGUGUCUUUAGAUGAAUUGUUACCAGUCAUCAAUAAAAGUAUAUUGCCGAGUGAAGAGUGGUGUAUAGAGUAUUUUCCUUUAAAGGAAGUGCCAACUGAUGAUAAGGUAUAUGACAGGAUAGCAGCAGAACUGGAAGAUCUAAUGUAUAAUGAGAAACCAGAGGUGAAGUCUGAAAACAUGGAAGUUCCAGAGGGCAAGACUGAUGAAUUUCCUUCCAUCAUGGAUAUAUUGAAUGACAACUCAAAUGAUAGCAAGACAACAAACAGCCAAAGUAAUUCUGUAGAAUGUAAGCCUAACUUAGAGUCUAGUGAUGUGGAGGCAAUGCUUCUUGGGAAGUCCAAUGAGGUUAAAGAAUCACCAACACAAAUGGAUGUGGAUGGUAAUGAUGUGUCUAAAUUGAUUGAAGAUGUUGCUCAGCUAAAUGCUAUCCAAGAAACAGUCCCCAGUCAAGAUAGUCUUGAAGUUCCAGGUAUAGUUGCAGAAGAAUUUGAAAACCCUCAUAGUCCAUCAAUCUUAGAUGAAACCUUGCAAAAAGGCAUUGAGGAACAUUUGCCUGUACCAAGCAUGCAAGGAGAAAAAGAGUCAUCUAAAAAUACUUCUAAUCAAGAUCCUCAUUCUGUACCAGAAAGCAAUGAAAGCCCAGAUGGAGAAAUUGAUAAAAAGUCAGUGCUGUUGAGUUCAGAUGAUUCAAAUAUAAAAAAUACUGAUAAAAAGGUAAUACAAAGAACAGGUUUAACACAUGUAACAUUCAGGAAAAAUGUAAAUGGGACUUGCCAAAAAUCGGUAACAUGCCCUAAAAACAUGAAAUAUAGUAUAGAGAUAGAAGGGAAAAAAGUUGAAUUGAUAGGAGCACCAAAAUUCAUAUCUAGCCUUGAGGAUUUGCAAGUGCUAUUGCAAAUUGUUGAUGAUACGGAGUUAAAAAGUCUGUACAUCUUAUAUUAAAUACUGUAAAUUUAUUAAUUAAAUCAAUAAUUAUUCAUAAUUUUGUGAAACAUGGUCUUACAAAGAUAUUUCAAAGUUAUUAAUUAAUGGUGGAUGUUUGGGUAAUACAAAUCUCAAUCAGUUAUUUGAUGUCCUAAUAAAUUUAUACUACAAUGAAAUUACUGCUACAUGUAAUUUUACACAAAAUUGCCCAAGCAAAGCAAAAAUUAUGUUUUUCAAUAGUGCAAGAAAUCCACAGGCCAGUGCACCUAGUGCAAAUUAAUGCAUACAAUACAAAUUAGUGCAUACCUUUUUAAAUGCACAUAUGUAUUUGCAUUAGCCUGUAUGGAGUUAUUGAAAAGAAUCAGUGUUAUAAUUCUGUGGUUUCAGCAGUGAUCCAUUGCAAUUGCAAUGUGUGUGUGUGUUUUAGGAAAUUUCAAGAAAGUUUGGGCACCACCAACUUUACUUUAAUUAUAUUAAUCAUUAUUUAAAUUAAAAUAAUAAUGAACUAUUGUAGUUCUAUUACCAUAAUCUAAGUUACUUUUUCACCAUAACAUUUUACAUAAAAUUUCCAUCCAUAUUGCCCAAUCUUUAGAAGUUUUAAAAUAACUAUUACAAUUUGUGAUCGUAAAAACUUCUUCUAUAUACACCUCUAUAUAUUUAUUAUGACGGAAAGGAAAAAUGUAAACAAGUACAGAAAUAUAAAAUAUGUUAUCAGUGUCUAUGUAUUAUUGCAUUGUACAUAACACCAAAAAAUCUCAUUAUAAUUAGGUAUUGCCAAUUUGAAACACAUAAAUUUUUGCACCACAGAUUUUAGCUCACUCCUGCUUGGAACUAAAUAAUGAAAGUAUAAAAUACUUAUAUUUGGUAUACAAAUAAACUAGUAAAGAAGUUUAUUAUUUCAAUUACUUUUUAGGGCAUAGUUUUUAGAUACGUACAAUAAAUAUUCAUGAAUGGAUUUUUAAUCUAUGUUACAUAGAUCAAUCUAUGCAAUAUUGAUUAAAAAACUUAUUACUAAAAGCAGAACAAUAUACAUUUUAUGUGUACCUAUGGAAAUAAAGUUCUUUCUGUAACUUAUUACUAUUAUCCAGUGUUGCCAACGUAACUACGAAUAUGUGAUGCUGAUCUGAAUAAAAUUUAUUCAGAUCAGAAUUAAAUAUAGGAAUAGUUAAUUCAACAGUAAUUUUAUCAAUUUACAGAGGACAUCAGCUCUCGUACUAAGAUUCUAUGUAUAUAUUUACCAAGUAUAAAUAUAAUCCAUCCACUGGUUAUAGUAGCAACAGGACUGUCGUUAGCUGCGCAGGUACGUAUUUAAACGAGUGUCCCACUUUGCCUCGGCCAAUAUUCAGUCUAAACAUUCAUAUCGUCAAAGUAGUAUUUUAUUCGUCAUUACGUCUCAAACUGAAGAAAAUUAAAUAUUUAUCAGUGUCAAAAAAAAUUGAUUACUUCCAUUUCAGUUAAAAAUCACGAUUGCAUGAUUUCACUAAUUUAACACACCUGUUUGGGCAAGUUUAAGAUAAUUGACUUCAGCAUUAUUCUGUAAAAAAAAAUACGAGGUAGGGUACAAACAUGGAAUUAGUAGGUACUACUUAUUAAAUCCAUGAGUACAAAUAUGAUACAGGAGAUAAUGGCAACAUCAAGGUUUUACUGCCAAUUUUUUUUAGGAUCGUCAAAAGGUUAUCUUAAUACAUACCAGCUACAUAAUCUUUCAUCUCACGAUACUUUUUAUGUAAACAUAUUUUCCAUUUUUAUUAAUUUUGAAUAAUUCAUAGGAAUUAUCGGAAACCUAUCGAUUUUUAGUAAGGAUACAAAAUAUAUAUCGAUAUGAUAAAGUGAAUCGAUUUAUAAUUAUUAUUUUGUGGAUUGAAUAGGGUUGUGCAUUUUGAUGACUAUCGAUUAACCCGAAAUGCAAAUCCAGAAAAAGCUAUAUCCCAUGAUUAAUUUCCUAAAGAAUCUAUUUUGAUGGUUGAAACGGUUCGGUCUUUGUUUCAUUUCAUUAACACAACAAAAUCAAAAGACUACUGGCAAGUCCGCGUUGCAGUAAAAAAAACUAAUUUCAAGGUCACCGAAAGGGCGCUGUAGACAAUUCAUUUUUUUAAUAAAUGGACGUAGGUACGUUUGCUUGGAGGGGACUGAAAUACAUUGGACCAUAAUAUAUCAAUCAAAAGCACAAAUAUUGGAUAAUAUGAAUUUUAAUAUAAUGACCUUUCAAUAUAAUAAAAUGUAAUGAUUAGGUAAAUAUUGCUGAAUGUGAUGUAUGGUCUGGAUUAAAAUGUUACGUGUUCCAUAGUUCAUUCACAUACUUUUUCUAACUUCUAUAAUAAUGUUUAUCUCUAAAUAUUAUUAUUUAACUUUAUUAAUAUCUUUGUCACACUACGUUUACUUUAUGUAGGUACCUUUAUAAUAAAGAUGUUAUUUUGUUUCUUGUAAUAGGUUAAGACUUAUUCGUGUAUCACCUAUUAGACCAUUCUUUUGGUCCUGGUGUAUUUUUAGAUAUGUGUAGCUACUAUAAAAAAAGUUUGGCAAAAAGUUUGAGGGCGCCACUGCUGCGUGAGGCUGCUGAGGUUAAAUUAAUAAUGAUUAUGAACUUAUGCAAUUAAUUGCCUUGAAAUUUGUAAUAGUACAUAAAUUAAGUAAACAACAACAGGGUGUGAGACCAUAGACGUUUUUUGCCAAGCUUUAAGUAAACACAAUGGAUAAAUGUAAAUCAUAUUAUUUAAUAAAUGGAACGAAAUUGAAAACUACUUAGAUUUAUGACUUAUAUUCUUAUCCUUGUCCUUUAACAUAGUUUGUUCCAGUUGUAAAAUAAAACCUUGAUGGUUUAAAUAAUAA